AAUCUUCAGGGGGGGAGGGGAUGGGAAUGUGUCAAUAUUUUAAAUAAGCCUGACCACACUGAUGGAUUAACUUGAAAAUGAAAAUAAACAGGGACUAAUUACUUAGCUAACUAGAACAUUAAUACAAUUAUGAUCUACGUUUUGAGUGUAAUAUUCAGAAAUGUAAAUAGAAGUAAACUGCAUCCUAGUCAUUCAUCAUAAAGAUGUAAAACAUGUUUUAAAUAUAAUUAAUAAAAUGUAAAUGGUUUCACUGAGAUUUAUGUGUUUUAUUUUAUUUUAAGACUUCAUCCAUGUAAGUGCAAUAAAAUGAUAAAACCAUUAUAAACAAAUAUACCUCACAGAUGGGGGUUUUUUUUUAAACUGGCAAGAGGACAUAAAAUCAGAACUUAAUCAGAGUUUGAGCACAAUUACACACACACACACACGUGCGCACACAGUGCUGGAGCAUUCAUCUGUACAGUAUUAUGAUUAUGUAGUUGAAUAUUUACAGAACUAUCAAGGUCAAGGUCAAAUUUAUUUAUAGUGCACUUUAAAAACAAACCAGGUUUGCGCCAAAGUGCUUUACAGCAAACAUAAUUGAGCAAAAAAGAUUAUCACAAGACAUAGAUACUGAAAUACAUGCAUAAAUACAUGGUGCACACAUACACACACAUAUUCACACAAAGGCAUUUAUGCAUAUCAUUGAAGAAUGCAAAUCAUGUCAGGGAACAUUGCAGGGGUUGGCAAGAGACUAGAAGUGCCUUAAGAAACCAUUUAAACAAGUCAAGAGAAUGUGCUGUUCUUAUAUUUUCAGGGAGACUAUUCCAGACUCUUGGUGCAGCUACUGAGAAGGCCCUGUCACCAGAAAGUUUUCGACGAGUACAUGGGAUAGUUAGUAGCCCUUGAUCUGUAGAUCUGAGUCCUAGCUGUACUGUAUCACACCUUGUUUGGACAGUUGCAACUGUUUAUUAUUAAUGGGGGUGUGCUGUAAUUUUAAUUACAUAGCAUAUUCACUAUAAUGCAAAAUAAUUAGGCAAUAGGAGAAUAUGUGUUACAAGACUUUCUGUUACACUUACUCUUCUUUUCUUUCCCUUACCUGUUACGCCACUCCCUAAGCUGUUUCCAAAUGUUCCCCAACAUUUUCUUCGUUGUUCAAGCUGUCAUUUAUCACAAAACUCUGUGGAUGAAGAGGUGGGCUGCUUUCAGACGCUGGAUCGGUGCAGAUCGCAGAAAACACUCCGGACAAGAGGUCAACCGAGGUGCUGUACAGUGGGCUCCGCAGAAUCUCAGCUGUCAGAUAGUAGCGUUGCAGAUCAGGCGUCAGAAGCUGAGAGGUCCCAAGAUGUCAAGAUCUAUAUCCCCUACGAGUCAGCUGAACUCUGCAUCACUCAGAUAGCCGAGGACAUGGAGGCAAUGAAAAGAAGGCACCUGGAAAUGGUGCAGGAGCUGGAGGAGAACUUUCAGAUCACAGCACAAGAGAAUCAGGAGUGGACUGUGCAGAGGAUCAGAUCUCAUUACCAGAACAAGUUGAACACUCUGAGGAGAAUCCUGGACCUCUACCAGGAGAAGGUGGAGAAGAAGAACGCUGACUGGGAGACCAGAGUCGCGGCCUUGACUGCACAGAACAAGCAGCUACUGGAGGAGCAGACUGCUGAGAGAAGGAGGAGUAAAGAGGAGGCCCUGCAGUGGCACAGAGAAAAGAGCAAAAUGCUGGAACUGUUCUCCAACAGGCUGGAUGCCCUGCACAGCCACCAGGCCUCCACAAUACAGGAGCUGCAAAUGGCCAGACAGGAAGUAGGGAAGGUCCAAGAAAUGUUGAUGGUAUCAUCACAGGAGCAGCAGGAAGCCAAUGAGGAAGGUGAAAGCUCAGCGAACAAAGGGCUUUCAGCACACCAACAGUCUGUGGCCUGCAAUGAGUCAGAUCAGCCACUGGAGGGGGCUAAAGCCCGUCUGGAGGAGCUGAAAGAGAGCCUGUACCAGAGGGAGAGAGAGAUCACUGAGCUGCUGGAGGCAGAGAGGAGCCCUGUCCCUCCCGUCCCUCAGCCUCCCUGCAGUGUUCUGCUUCCCAACGUCAUACAAAAGGCUCAUGCUAUCUGCAGUACAGUGGCUGAGACCAGAGCUCUUUUGGACCAGUUGAUUAAGGAGAACCGGGUCGCUCUGGUCGAAGCCAGAGACAAACUGGACCAUCUACAGAUGGCCAAAGACAGUAAUGACAGAGAGGACAAGACCACUGACCAAGAGGGGUUAGAUGAAUAUGAGUCAAGUUUGUCUGUACUACAAGAAACAGUGAGGGGGUACGAGGUCUCUCAAUUGGCUUUGGACUGCAUCAAAACCGGAGAAAGCCCUGUAAUAAAUGACUGUGAUGCAGUCUCAGAACUGAAGGACAUCUUGGGACGAGGGACAAUCCGAACCACAGAGGGAGUGAAGAGUGUUGGUCAGCAACUUCUCUUGCUGCAGGAUCAGCUAAAGCAAGUUAAAGAAGAGAAAAAGAAAACAAUUGAGAACUACACUUCAGAAAGGACAAUGAGGAAGAAGUACUACAAUAUGGUGGAAGACAUGAAAGGUAAAAUCAGAGUGUUUUGUCGGAUUCGACCAGUGAGCCGAACAGAGGUUGCGCAGGGUGGAGCCAUCGUUGUGGAGAAAAUAGAUGAUUACUCUGUCACUGUGGAAACCUCUCGUGGGGCGAGGGAGUUUCAGUUUGACAAGGUGUUCAGUACUGAAGCCACUCAGGAAGACCUGUUUCAUGACACCAACAGGAUGAUCCAGUCGGCUAUCGAUGGUUACAACGUCUGUAUCUUUGCAUAUGGCCAGACAGGCUCAGGGAAGACCUUCACCAUGGUGGGGGACAAGGAACAGAAGAACCCUGGGAUCAUGCCGAGAUCUUUUAAUGCCAUAUUUGACAUGAUACGGGAGAACAGCACCAAAUUCGACUUCAAGGUUUCAGCCUAUAUGCUGGAGCUGUACAAUGACAGGCUGCAGGACCUCUUUGUGAGCCUGGCUGGUGAGGCCCAUCCACAGCCCCAGUCCCAUGGCCAGGCCAGGAGGGUCGAGAUCAAGAGGAACAGAAAGGGGGUUGUGUUCGCCCAAGGAGCAGAGACAAAGGAGGCUUCCAGUGCCCAGGAGCUCUAUGCUCUGUUCCAGCAGGCCUGCGCCAACCGACACAUCUCUGCCACCAAGAUGAAUGUGGAGAGUUCCCGCUCCCAUCUCAUCGUUGGCAUUAUGGUGGAGAGCAGGAAUCUGACCAAUGGGAAUGUGAGCGCCGGGAAGCUGAGCCUUGUGGACCUGGCAGGCAGUGAGAGAGCAGCCAAGACUGGCGCCAAGGACGACCAGCUAAAGGAGGCUAACUCCAUUAACAAGUCUCUGAGUGCCCUGGGUGAUGUGAUCUCAGCCCUGUCUGCUGAACUGCCCCAUGUGCCAUACAGGAAUAGCAAGCUGACACAGGUGAUGCAGGACUCCCUGGGUGGAAAUGCCAAAACCCUCAUGAUUGUUAACAUCUCUCCUUCAGAAUGCAACCUCGAUGAGACGCUCACAUCUCUCAUUUAUGCAACAAGAGUGAAGGCCAUAACCAACCAUGCUCAGAGAAAUGUGGAAAGCAAAGAGAUCGCCCAGCUAAAAGAGGUGAUCAUGAAGCUGAGGUCAGGACAGAUAGUGGAAGAAGAGGACAUUUGAACUGUACUCUAUUGCAAGUUGUGUACAAUAGUGGAGUAAAGUGUAAACUGGGA